AUGCCUCUGAUCGCACAGCAGCUCCAGCCGAGAGUGAUUCUCGGGUUGAUGACCUUUGGCCCAACCGAGGCCAAGGGUGCUCGUAUCACGUCACUGGAUGAGUUCAACAAAUGCCUUGACUACUUCCAGCAGCAAGGGUUCAAUGAGGUUGACACCGCCCGUAUCUACAUCGGCGGCGAACAGGAGGCAUUCACGGCCAAGGCGAACUGGAAGUCGCGUGGACUGACUCUGGCCACUAAAUGGUACCCAAAUCAGCCCGGCUUCCACAAGCCGGAGGUCGUCCGUGAGAAUUUGGAGCUUUCUUUGAAAGAGUUGCAGACCGAUGUGGUCGACAUCUUCUAUCUGCAUGCAGCAGAUCGUGCCACUCCUUUCGCUGAAACUCUGGAGGCCGUUAACCGGCUGCACAAGGAGGGCAAAUUCGUACAGCUUGGUCUGAGCAACUUUACAGCCUUUGAGGUGGCCGAGAUUUGCGUCCUCUGUGCUGAAAGAGGAUGGGUCCGUCCAACAGUUUACCAGGCCAUGUAUAACGCUAUUACACGUAACAUCGAGACUGAACUCGUUCCUGCCUGCCACCGGUACGGUCUUGACAUCGUUGUCUACAACCCGCUGGCUGGUGGUAUUCUCUCCGGAAAAUACAAGUCGCAAGAUAUCCCUGCGGAAGGCAGAUACAGCGACACGAGCUCUUCUGGACCCAACUAUCGCAAACGUUACUUCAGAGAUGCCACUUUCGAAGCUUUGAGUAUCAUUGAGCCUGUCGUAGAGAAACAUGGUCUGACACUUGUGGAGACGGCUUUGCGCUGGGUCCGCCAUCACUCUGCUCUGAGAAUGGAUAAUGGCGGUCGUGACGGAGUCUUGGUGGGAGUCAGCAGCUUCGAGCAGCUUAAGACUAACCUCGCCGAUCUCCAGAAGGGACCGCUCCCAGAAGAGGUUGUGCAGGCUUUGGACCAGGCUUGGUUGGUUGCCAAGGCCACUUCUCCCAAUUACUGGCAUCUGGAUCUUAAGUAUACUUAUGAUACUCAGAAGGCGGUGUUUGGGCCUAACUUUGAGCUCUCAGAGCCGCGGGUGACCUCAACCCCGGACGCAGUCCACGACUCCGACUCUGACGACGAAAUGGUUGUCAAUCGCCCCCCAUUACACCGUCCAACCGACGGCCGCUCGCAACAGCCCCUCCUCAAAGAUGACCGUCCUCGCUCCCGCCCGCGCUCGAGCUUCGGUAAUUAUGACACAGAAGGCCAGCCCAUGCUGCAUGAAUCACGAAGGCCGACAAUCCGGAGUAAAAGUCCGGAACGCGACGCUGCCCUGGCAACCCGCAAGAAAUAUAUGGUUGCAUCGGGAUUCCUGGUGCUGAGUCUGAUUAGCUUCGUGGUCCAAACGGAGACCGCUUCAUACAUUCAAAAUGAGUUGCAUUGGAAGAAACCGUAUUGCAUGCUCUAUAUGACCCACGGAUCGUGGUCCUUGCUCUGGCUGGUCCAGCUGGGUAUCCUUCGGAUACAGAAACGGAAGCUCACGUGGGAUGUUUUCUGGCGGCGCCAUGUCUUUUUCCUUCGCACCACUGCGCAGAUGGUAGAAUCGCAGGAAGUACAUUUGAGUACUCGCGCGUCCAAUCAAUCGCCAGUCCGCUAUAUGCUGAAGACCACCGCCUUUGUGACCACUGCUCUCACCGUCGCUGGAGGAUCAUGGUACGUGGCAGUCAACAUGACCACUCCCAGCGACCUUACGGCGAUCUAUAACUGCUCGGCGUUCUUCGCAUAUGCCUUUUCGAUUCCGCUAUUGAAGGAGAAACUCCGAAUUGACAAGGUCUUUUCCGUGGCCGUGGCUACCAUCGGCGUCAUGGUCGUUGCCUAUGGGGAUGGGCCUCAUAAGAAGGUCCCGAAAGGAGGCACGGAUGGCAACGGGGGGCAGAACCGAUUGGUCGGAAACAUUGUUAUCGGCGUUGGAAGUAUUCUCUAUGGCCUUUACGAGGUUCUCUAUAAACGCUUUGCCUGUCCUCCGGAAGGUACCAGCUCUGGCCGGGGUACGAUCUUUGCCAAUACUUUUGGCAGUCUAAUAGGGGCUUUCACCCUGUUGGUACUAUGGAUCCCAUUACCAUUUUUUCACUGGACAGGAUGGGAGACUUUUGAAUGGCCGACUGGCGAAGCAGCAUGGAUGCUGCUCAUUUCCGUGGGUGCCAAUGCUACGUUCUCGGGCUCUUUCCUUGUGCUCAUCUCCCUCACAUCGCCCGUCCUAUCCUCAGUCGCCGCGCUCCUUACUAUUUUCCUCGUCGCUCUGGUGGACUGGUUCCGAACUGGGAACUCACUUUCUCUAGCCUCGAUCAUUGGAGGCGUCUUGAUUACGGUGGCAUUUUUCAUGCUGAGCAUCAGCACAUAUAGAGAGAUGAAUGAGGAGCGGAAGAAGCAUCUAGAGAACGAUGAGAUCGAGUCUGACAGUGAUGCAUAG